UCAACCCCCAUUCGUGCGCCCUCAGCCAUUGUACCCUUUUGCACGCCUCCCUAGGUUACUUCCCUCCGCACUCAACCUCUACACUGUGUAAUCCUUGCCUACUCUACUUAUAUGCGCUGCUGCUACUGCUACUACUGCCGAUCCUAGUUAGGAUUAGUGUACUACCUAACCUGCGACUGGCCGCUUCGUCAUGGAGAAGAUGAUUGGGUUGGACAUGGACACGGAGGUGGUGAUGUCGCCGGCUGCGAGAGCCGCCGUGUUUAGUAGCCCUUACUCCAGCCCCAGCACGGCCUUCCUGCUCCAGAGGAGAGUUCUUACUUGGGCGAAAGAAACCGGAUCGCCGGCGGCGGUACGCGUCCGCGUUGCCGACAGAAGCUUCAUUCUGCACAAGGAUCCUCUGGCAUCCAGAUGCGGGUACUUCAGCCAGGCGAUGGAGGAGGUGUCCGGAGACGUCGAGCUGCCGGCCAGCUUCCCCGGAGGCUCAGAGGCGUUCGAGGUGAUCGGGCUCUUCUGCUAUGGUGACGCCGUGGCGCUCGACCCGUUCAACGUGGCGGCCGUGCGGUGCGCGGCCGAGUUCCUGGACGUGGCCGGCUUGGGCGCACGCUGCGACCUCUACAUCAACCAGGUGGUGCUGCAGAGCUGGGACGACGCCCUCAUCGUGCUCCAGCGGUGCCAGCCCCUGCUCCCUGUCGCCGAGGAGCUCCUCAUCGUAAGCCGCUGCGUCGAGUCGUUGGCGUUCAUGGCUUGCAUGGAGAUCCUCGACCCCGAGCAGAGCCGGGACCAGCCCGGCGUCGACGAUGUCGCCGUGCGUGGUCUGGUCGGCCGCCGCUGGGACGCCGAGAUCGUCAAGGAGCUCGCCGCGCGCGAUCUCUGGAUCAAGGACCUCAUCGCGCUCCCCUUCGAGUUCUUCAAGCGGAUCGUGCAAGCGCUGCGGCGGCAGGGCAUGAAGGAGAAGUACGUGAGCCCCGUGGUGCUCUUCUACGCCAACAAGUGGGUGCUCUCCAAGAAAACCCACAAGUUCUGGGCCAGCACGGACGAGUCCGGCGACGGAGGCGGCGAGACCGACGCGAACAGGAGGGCCACGGAGAUCCUGCAGGGCGUUGUCGAGCUGCUCCCGGCGGAGGCGAGCGGCGGGGCCGUCCCGGCUGCGUUUUACUUCGCUCUGCUGUCGCGGUCGCUCACACUCCAGCUGACAGAGGAGACCCAGAAAAGGCUGAGAGGCCAGGUUGCGUCCCACCUGCAGUUCGCCUGCGCGGACGACCUGCCGCUGCCGGAGCAAGAAGCCGACAGGUCCAUCGCCGAUAGCCCGGAGGUGAUUGCAAUGGAGAGCAUCGUGUCAAACCAUGUCGCCAUGCAACGGCAAGGGGCCGAGGGCGUCGCGGAUUUGUGGGAUCGGUACCUCGUGCAAAUCGUGGGCGAUCCAAAGCUCCGGCCUGAGCGGCUGGCAGAACUGAUCGGUGUCGUUUCGGCCGGCGAUCGGAAGACCCACGAUCAUCUCUACGAAGCAAUCAACACAUACUUACUGGAGCAUCCGGGUGUGUCCGGCGACGAGAAGGCGUCGCUGUGCGGGAAUAUCGAAUGCCGGAAGCUCUCGCACGAGGCAUGCAUCCAGGCGGUGCAGAACGAGCGGAUGCCGCUCCGGUUCAUCGUGCAGGCGCUGUUCGUGCAGCAGAUGCACACGCACCGCGCCUUCGCCGAGCGCUCUGACUCCUUCCGGUACAUGCUCUCCGGCGAGCUGAUCCCGGGCGUCGCCGGCGCGUACACGCCGAGCCCGGGGUGCCCCGUCCCCACGAGCCAGCCUCUUAGCACCACAAGUCCGUACACGGACGCCCACACCACAGUCGCGAUGGACGGGAAGCUCCGCGCCCGCGACGACGACGCGUCGGACUACGAGACGGCGAGCUUCAGGAUCCAGGCGCUGGAGCAGGAGAUCAUCUCGCUGAAGAAGACCCUGCAGCGGCACAACACCGUGAAAGGCGGCUCGGUUCGAAAGGACGGCAAAGAACCGAGCUUUAGGGCGGACGCGGCCGCGCCGGCGGCGGUCAGGCGGCGAGCCCCAGUGUCCGGCAGCUGCAUCGGCUCCAUGCGGUGGGGCUCGCAGCGGCGGUGCGCCAGUAGGAUCCUGCGCGUCUUUACGAGACUGGCCGUGUUCGGGCGGAGCAGAUCCAGAGGGAAACAGAGCAAGUGCAGGGCAGCAGCAGAGCAGCUCAGUUGCUUGUAGUGCCAGCAGGGACUCAGGGCAGUGAAUUUUUUGAGCUUUCUGCAUGUGGGAUGGAAAAUGCAGAUGCCACGCUUGGAACCUGGCAACUAUGGAUGUAUUGUGUUCUCUGUACAUAUUGCUAGCAAUGAUGAAGGCUUGAAGAAGAAAUUACUGUCAGGUGGUCAUUCGGUAGAGACAGCACAUGGUGAAGGUACUUUUGUUAGGUUAGCAACUCCUAAUAUUAGCGUAGUUUAUGAGUACUUUGGUCAGGGGAUGUCUUUGUCAUUAGGCUUGGUUUACUGUUGAUUUGCUAUUGUAUUGUGUUCAGUUUCGAAGGUGAUGUGAAUAAGUAAUAAAA